AUGACAUCGACUUUCAAUAAUUCUACUGAUUUGCUCACACCGACUCCAUUUACGCUUCAAAAUAUCAUCCAACUACCGAUAACUCCAUCCGAUGAUCACCAACCAAAAUUAGACGAAAACACUUUGAUUGCAAACAUAACCAAAGAUGCAGCAAACGCUGCGCAAGAGAAUCGAUCGGGCAGUGCGAGAGCAAAUGAUGGAUCACUAACAUCAACAGUUAAUGAUUCAUAUUUUCCUGCUGCUUCCAAAACAUCUACAUUUGAGCCAGUGCCGACAUCGUACAGUAAUACUGUACCAUUGGAUAAAUCUGAAAACUCCACGAAUCUUGACAGCGAUAUUAACAAUGAAAUCCAAAAAGAUAUGAAAUCUCUCAUAGAGGAGAUAAAACGUCCAGUGACACCAGGACAUCCUAUAACGCCUACAUCGACUUAUACCGCUGGCACAUUUCCACCCAGCCGAAAAACAUCUGUACACUUCACUAACGAUGAUGUACCACUAACCAACAGUGAACAGCAUCUAUCGUCACCUCGUCCAACAACACCCGAUCAAACACGUAGAAAGUCAUCAGAUAUACGAGCAUCAAAUGAACCGAUAUUAACAUCCAAUGAAAAACCGUUCGAUGAACAAUCGCCAUCAACUAUUGCACAAGGUAAUGACACUUCAUCGUCUGACGAUUAUUUUGGCAUAAAAUCCAGAUCACCAAAUGAAAAUAAUACUGACUCUACCAUAAAUGUACCACAAAGGUUGCCCCAAGUACAUGAAAGUUCAUCAUCCGAUGAUUUUUUUGGUAUGACACCAUCUUCUGCACGUAGAGAUGAUUCACAAAAAGUUGACAAAUUAGCAACAGAUGAUGAACAAAACGUGCUUAAAAAAGAUCCAGAUGAAACAACACAUUUUCAGACAACGAAAUCAAGAGAACCAUCGGCUGGAAGCCGUAGAUUAUCAGAUGUUCAAGCAUCAAACGAACGAACAUCAACGUCCGAUGAAAAACCGUUCGAUCGACAACCACCAUCAACUAUUGCGCAACGUAAUGAUAGUUCGUCCUCUGAUGAUUAUUUUGGCAUAAAAUCCAAAUCACCAAACGAAAAUAAUACUGACUCUACCAUAAAUGUACCACAAAGGUUGCCCCAAGUACAUGAAAGUUCAUCAUCCGAUGAUUUUUUUGGUAUGACACCAUCUUCUGCACAUAAAGAUGAUUCACAAAAAGUUGACAAAUUAGCAACGGAUGAUGAACAACAAGCGCUUAAAAAGGAACCAGAUGAAACGACAACGAAACCAAGAAUACCAUCAGCUGCAAGCCAAAAAUCUGCACAAAUUGAUACUGAGCGUAAUCAAUUAAAUGAAAAGCGAAGUAGUAUCGCUGAUAUUCAAAAUGGGGACAUAUCGACGAAUGCUAGACGUUAUUCUUCAACCAAUAACGAAGGUCAUACGAGUCCUCCAGCAUCACCGAUUGUACAUCCGACAUCGUCGACACCCGAUGACCAAACAACACGUAUACAAUCAGCUAAAAUCCCUUCUCGUGUCACCAGUCCACAAGUCAGAGAAAAUGUAGUAACAACAAAUCGUUCACGACCACAAAGUGCUGUUCAACAACAAACACAAGAACCUGAAACACUGCCUGUCACACGAUCGAGACCACAAAGUGGAGUUAAUCAACAAAGUGCUGAAACUGGUCAAGAAAAUCCACAGAUAAAUGGUGAAACCAUGAUUGUAAAUCAAUCACGACCUCACAGUUUAACCGAUAAUGAAAGCCGUAAAAUACUAUCUCCUACUACCAGUCCACAGCAAACGAAUGAAGAAACGGUAGUCAAUCGUUCACGCCCACAAAGUGGAGUUCAACAACAAAAUAAAGUUUCAUCACGUAUUACUAGCCCACAACAAACAAAUGACGAACCUACAACGCAGACUCGUCGUGAAAGCGUCGUUCAUGAUUCGGGUAAAAGACCAUCUGGCACAAUUAGUCCUCACCAAACAAAUAAUGAAAUAACCGCUACUACGUAUACUCCACCUCAUAGUGGUGCUGAGGAUGAAAUCCGUAAAACACCAUCACGUACAACUAGUCCACAACAAAGUCGUUCACGCCCGCAAAGUGCAGUUCAACAACAAAAUAAAGUUCCGUCACGUGUUACUAGUCCACAACAAACAAAUGACGAACCUACAACGCAGACUCGUCGUGAAAGCGUCGUUCAUGAUUCGAAUAAAAGACCAUCAAGUACAACUAGUCCGCAAAGUGAAGUUCAACAACAAAAUAAAGUUUCAUCACGUAUUACUAGCCCACAACAAACAAAUGACGAACCUACAACACAGACUCGUCGUGAAAGCGUCGUUCAUGAUUCGAAUAAAAGACCAUCAAGUACAACUAGUCCGCAAAGUGAAGUUCAACAACAAAAUAAAGUUCCGUCACGUGUUACUAGCCCACAACAAACAAAUGACGAACCUACAACGCAGACUCGUCGUGAAAGCGUCGUUCAUGAUUCGGGUAAAAGACCAUCUGGCACAAUUAGUCCUCACCAAACAAAUAAUGAAAUAACCGCUACUACGUAUACUCCACCUCAUAGUGGUGCUGAGGAUGAAACCCGUAAAACACCAUCACGUACAACUAGUCCACAACAAAGUCGUUCACGCCCGCAAAGUGCAGUUCAACAACAAAAUAAAGUUCCAUCACGUGUUACUAGCCCACAACAAACAAAUGACGAACCUACAACACAGACUCGUCGUGAAAGCGUCGUUCAUGAUUCGAAUAAAAGACCAUCAAGUACAACUAGUCCGCAAAGUGAAGUUCAACAACAAAAUAAAGUUCCGUCACGUGUUACUAGCCCACAACAAACAAAUGACGAACCUACAACGCAGACUCGUCGUGAAAGCGUCGUUCAUGAUUCGGGUAAAAGACCAUCUGGCACAAUUAGUCCUCACCAAACAAAUAAUGAAAUAACCGCUACUACGUAUACUCCACCUCAUAGUGGUGCUGAGGAUGAAACCCGUAAAACACCAUCACGUACAACUAGUCCGCAACAAAGUCGUUCACGCCCGCAAAGUGCAGUUCAACAACAAAAUAAAGUUUCAUCACGCGUUACAAGUCCGCAACAGCCAGAGCAUACAGAAAGUGCUCAUCAACAGCCCAAAUUCGUCUCUGAUUCAGAAACGACAGACUUUAUUAAAGCCGGCGAACAAUUAGAAAUUCCGGACAUUAAUUCACUCGAUGCCAAUUUAGCGGCUAAAAACUUAGCAGUAAUGAAUCCACUCAAAAGGAAUAGUAUUUCUAAUGAAGAAGAGCGGCCAGUUGUCAUUGUUAAACAACCUAGUCGAAGAUCAAGCCAGGCAAGUGAUCAACAAAAACAGUCGAACAAUGAUCAAACAACACCUCGGGCUAGUCCGACAAAUUUCAUCCCAGACAAAAAUACUGAAAAUCAGAGCUCUGAUAGUAUUACCGAUCAAGAAAAAAUAAAAGCUGUAAGUUCAACGGAUUCUAGAAAGCAUAGCAUUGGAGAUCGUCCACGGAAUGUCGACAAUGAUGACAACGAUGCAAGACCAUCAAGUCGUCGUGGUAGCGUAGCUCAAGAACCGAAUGUUAAACAUCAUAACCGCACUUCGAGUAAUGUAAGUGCACAGCGUUUGCUGGAUAAUGAGCAAGAUAGUGGUAGUGGUAGAGAUGACAAUCAGGACAAAAAGACACUCAGUCAAAUAAGUUCACAACAAAAACAGCCUGAAAGUCUACGCAUUGAUCAUAGUCGAACGCCAAGCAACGUCAGCAAUCAGAGUGAUCGACAGAAAACAAACGUCAGUCCCAUAAGCUCAAAAAAAGACGAUGAUCAAAAAUUGAGUGGUAGUCGAACCCAGAGUUCGAUAAGUAAUGACAAGGUAAUUGAUGGUGAUACUGUGAUUCCUCCUCGUGAUGAUCAACAACUAAUUCCUUCUGCUAGUCGUCGAUCGAGUAAAAUAGACAACAAACCGGAACAAGAACGAUCAUUACAGCCAAGUAGUCGUAAAUCAAGUGUUGUUCAACAAUCGGAGGUUAAACCUCGUUCAGCGAUUAAACAUGAUGCAACCGAAUCUGACUCUGCUAAUUAUCGAGCCCCUGCGGCGUCUAUAAGGAACGAUUUUCCUCUAUCUGAUACUGACAACUAUUUGAAUGACCAACGUCGAGUAAGUGAAACAUCAACAUCAACUAGACAAUUUCAAAGACAAUCAUCAGCCAGGCAGCAAGAUGAAAGAAAAUCAGCAACAAGCGGAGGAGAAAAGGUGUAUGAGAAAGUUACAACUGAACCCUUUGUUGAACCAAGUAAACAAAGACAAUCAGCACAGUCCACUAAAAAACGUACAUCGAUCACCACUGAUUCGGAACAUGAAUCGCAAAAAUUACCCCUGAUAAAUCAGCAACAAAAUCAAGAAAAACGUCGAACUUCUAUCACACAGAAACAUCAAGAACAGGGCUCGUCUGACCAAAAGCGUCAUCAUAUACCACCAUCGCCAGCUACUCGCAAAGAAAACAAUCGGACACUACCUCGUCAUUCACAAGAUUUAAAAACGCCAACGAGUGAUGAAGACAUAGAAAAUAUACCUGCAUACUUGAGAGCAGUGAAAAUACCACCGUUAAACCUUGAUGAAACCAUGCCAGAUAAUCGACCCUUGUCACCGUCCGUUCAACAAAUAGCUGAAAGAAAUCAAUCUCAAGAACAAAAAAGAAUAAAGAAAAAAAGUGGAAUUAAAACGAAAACAGAGCAUGCUCUCGAAGACGUUCAAAAGAAAGUUGAUCAUCUUUUACAUCCGAAAAAACGACGUAGUUCAAGUGCAGAUAGUCAUAUACCAUUAGCUGAUGGUCAUUCAGUUGGAUCAACAUCUGGAAAAGAUACUGACUUUGAUAACACACGUAAAAUGCGUUCAAAAAAACAUGAUGCUUCAACUGCUACCGAGAGAGAUGAAUAUUUUUAUAGAUCGUAUCAACAACAACAACAAAGGAAUUUCUUUGAUGAACAAGAAUUACUUUCAACUAAACCGGUGAAAACCAUUAAACCUCAGUCAGAACGUCGUCGUAAAGAACUAGUAGCAACACCUGGCACUGGAUCGGAUACAACAGCUAUUGUUCAUAAAACAGCUAGAAGUUAUAAAGAUGAUACAACACCGGUUAACGUAAAUGUGACCGUUGUUGUUAAGAAAGUUCAAGGUGGUGACUCACUGACCCCUGACGUGCAAAUUGAAAAAUCUUCAACAAAACCAAAAUUAUCACGUUCAAAAAAAGUUGAACAAACUGUAGAUACUACCCCAACCUCGACACCGGCACUUGAUCAACGACAGGAAAUCAAUAAUCAAAAGAAAACAGAAGAUGAACAACAUCAGAAAGUGGAUGAAUCACCAUCUCAACAACCAUUAUUUGAACCCGUUCAAAAAAAAUCCGUGACGUCUCAUCAAGAUCAGCCCGAACCACUAGUUGUUACAGAAAUUAAACGUCCUCAAUCGAUAGAACAAAAAUCACAUGACACCAAUGAUUUAUUUAGUCGACAUCAUCAAGAUGAACGACACGUACAAUCGGAUAGUGAACAAUUUGUCACAGCAAAACAGCAAAAACGUCGACGACCAAAACGUAUAUCACGUACAACACAAACCUAUGACAGAGUGUUUAGACACAUGUUCAAAGAAGAACAACAACAGUUGAGAUAUACAAGUGACACAGAAAAGCAAAUACAAACGCGAAAAAGUGCACUGCGACCACGAAAAAAAUCUCCAAAAAAGCAUUUUCCGUUGUAUUUAUCAGCAGAUACAUUUAGGGUUGAAGAUUUAAUACCUAAACAAUUUCAUCAACCACGUCGUAAUUUAUCAAAAUCUUCAACUUUGGGUCGUAGUCUUUCACCCCAAGGUGGAAAAGUACUUAUUCUCCGUCCAACAUUACCAUUACAUCAUUCGGAUGCUGUUAAUGUUCAUCGUGUAUGUUUACAAUAUGCAAUUGAUUUACAACCUACAAAAAAUCAAUUAAAUCUCUCAUCACGAGAUAAACAACAACAAAAUCAAAGCUCAAACAAUAAUUCAUCUCUUCCAAUGUUAGCAACAAAUUCAAAAUCAGCAGUGAAACGUUCUGAAAACAAUAAAAAUUCACUACCAGCUAUUGAACAUGAUCAACAUAUAUCUCAUCAUCGAGGUGGGGCUGUUUGA